CUCAAACUGACGUCGAUCUGUCGUUGGACCUGGCUGCACAUUCGAGAUACUUAUUCUGCCAGGUACUGUUGUUUCUGAGUCCUCUAGACCACCUCUCAACCUCAACACCCUGCGCGACAUCAGAAUGCUACAACGAUAACACCAAUCCUUCUCCUCAGGUUCAUAGGCUCGAGCCUCACUCCAAAAUGUCCACUCCAGAUAUCUCGCAAUUGAACUCCUCGCAGCAGGAGGCUCUUCAGACCUACACAUCUGUAACAGACCAGGAUCCGAUAGCCGCCAUCUCUCUACUGCAAAGAUGCGAGUGGAACGUCCAAAUCGCAAUUGCACGGUUUUUUGAUGGCGAGCCUGCCACAGACCCGAUCGCAGAAGCCCGUUCUGCUCUACCUGCGGCUUCCAGUAGGCAGACUACAAACCUGCAAUAUGAAUCGUUGCUUGCCUCGACUCGACCUCCUGCUGCUCGUCAGAACCCGGAAGAUGUCGUCGCACGAGUUGACACGAGUCCCACGACCGAAACUCAAUACCGCCCUUCCCUCCUGUUCUCGCUCCUUUUCACCCCUAUCAACAUCAUGUACCGAGUGUUCAGCACCGUAUUCUCUCCGUUGGGAUUUCUUGUUCCCACCUUCAUCUCACGACUUCUUCACCGUCUAGUAUAUCAGCCGUCACGACCUGUAAGACGAGCGUUACCGCCGGCAGAGAAUGCAAGGAGGUUCAUACGGGAGUUCAGUGAAGAGUAUGGGGAAAGCACACUACCCUUCGCAGAGUCAGGAUUCAAUUUAGCCCUUGAUAACGCAAAACAAGAGCUCAAGUUCCUGCUCGUUGUUCUGCUGUCACCGAGUCAUGACGAAAAUCAGACCUGGGUUCAAGAGACUCUGCUUUCUAACCAACUAAAGUCCUUUUGUGAUUCCCACAAACACGAGUUGAUUCUUUGGGGAGGCAACGUCCGCGACUCUGAAGCAUACCAGGUUUCUACUAGUCUGCAGUGUACCAAAUUUCCGUUUGCGGCACUAAUAUGCCAGACUAGUGAAUCUGGAAGUUCAGCCAUGACCGUGAUCAUGCGUGCAGCCGGACCAGUGACCGGAUCGGAACUCGUUGCAAAGCUUGGGACUGCGAUGACUGCACACCAAGCGCAACUUGGGUCUGCGCGAGCGCAGAGGGCUGAGCAACAAGCGUCUCGCAGUUUGCGGCAGGAGCAAGACUCUGCGUACGAGCGCUCUCUGGCUCAAGACAGAGAAAGGGCCCGUCAAAGACGAGAGGAAGAGGAGGCAGCUGCCCGAGCGGAAAGAGAGGCUCAAGAAUUGGCGCGAGCUCUAGAAGAGAGGAAAAACAAGACGGCGCAAUGGAAGCAGUGGCGUGCGCAGUCGCUACCACUUGAACCUGGAAGCGAAGUCAGGGAUGCGAUCAGAGUCAGUAUCCGUAUGCCCUCCGGAGAGAGAGUCAUCCGCAGGUUUCGUGCAGAGGCUGAUCUAGAGGAACUCUAUGCGUUGGUCGAAUGCUACGAGCUUAUCAAAUCGACAGAAGGCUUAGGGACGGCUGGGCAAGAAGUGCAGGAGCCGACGAACUACGAACAUGAGUUUGGGUUCCGGCUUGUGUCGCCCAUGCCGAGGACGGUAUUUGAUCUGGAAAAGGGGGGCUCGAUAGGCGAACGCAUAGGAAGGGGAACAAACCUCAUUGUCGAGCCCGUUGCUGAGGACGGCGAAGAGUCCGGUGGAGAACAAGAAUAAGCGUUCCGGAUCGUUCAAAUGAGUUCUCACCUUGAUGCACACUUUAGGCUGUUAACCUUCAUCAGCACAUAUGAGCCGCGCAUGUUGGAGCACAUGUUGUCACGACUUACUCCGUACAGUCCGGGGUAAAUAUCGUGGGCGCCUCUCCAAACUAGGAAUCGCGCUUGAAGACCCAGGGAACCCGGUCGCAAGUUCGAUGUGCCACAGUUCCAGGGUUAAGCGAG